UUGGACCCGUAUUCCGAAAGGCAUGAACCCGCCUUCUUCUUCUCCUCUCCUCUUCUUCAACCUCUCCGCAAUCCAAGCCUUUUUGAUGCUCGAGUUCUUCGAAAUCCCUUGCCUUUCCAUCAAUCUUUGAUUGUUUUCAUCGAUUCCCUUCGAUCGGGGACCAAUUGGGUUGUUAGAUUAUACUUUUUGGUGUUUUUUUGGGUUUUUUUUUGGGGGGUUGAAUCUUGGAUUAGGGUUUCGUAUCUUGGAUCGUGGAUAUGGAGUCGCGGAUUGGGAAUAAGUUCAGGGUUGGUCGCAAGAUCGGGAGUGGUUCUUUUGGGGAGAUCUAUCUAGGUACUAAUAUUCAGACGAACGAGGAGGUUGCUAUUAAGCUUGAAAAUGUGAAGACAAAGCAUCCACAGCUGCUGUAUGAAUCAAAGCUGUAUAGAAUGUUACAAGGAGGAACUGGUGUUCCAAGUGUCAAAUGGUUUGGAGCUGAAGGCGAGUACAAUGUCCUUGUGAUAGAUUUACUAGGACCAAGCCUUGAAGAUCUUUUUAAUUUUUGUAAUAGAAAACUGUCUCUGAAGACUGUUCUCAUGCUAGCUGAUCAGAUGAUAAACCGGGUAGAGUUUGUUCAUGGCAAAUCUUUUCUGCAUCGGGAUAUCAAGCCAGAUAAUUUUCUUGUGGGCCUCGGGAGGCGAGCAAAUCAGGUUUAUAUUAUUGAUUUUGGUCUGGCCAAGAAAUAUAGGGAUUCUGCGACUCACCAACAUAUUCCAUACAGAGAGAACAAAAACUUGACUGGGACUGCUAGAUAUGCAAGCAUGAACACUCAUCUUGGCAUUGAGCAAAGCCGGAGGGAUGACUUGGAGUCUCUUGGAUUUGUUCUUAUGUAUUUCUUGAGGGGCAGUCUUCCAUGGCAGGGUCUAAAAGCAGGAACUAAGAAGCAGAAGUAUGAGAAAAUUAGUGAAAAAAAAGUUUCCACUUUGAUAGAGGCAUUGUGCCGUGGUUAUCCUUCUGAAUUUGCAUCAUAUUUCCAUUACUGCCGGUCAUUACGUUUUGAUGAUAAACCUGAUUAUGCAUAUCUUAAGAGACUUUUUCGUGAUCUUUUUAUCCGGGAAGGUUUUCAGUUUGAUUAUAUAUUUGACUGGACCAUUUUGAGGUAUCAGCAGUCGCAGAUGGCCAAUGGUCCUCCACGAGCACUUGGGGGUGGUGCUGGGCCUAGUGUUGGAAUGUCACCUGCUGUUGCCAAUGUGGAUCUGCAGUUAGGUGGUGAGGAAGGACGAACUGGUGGUUGGUCUGCCGUGGAUCCUUUUCAUCGUCGGAUUUCAGCUCCAGCUGUAAGUGCUGGCAGCUUAUCCAAGCAGAAGAAUCCAGUUGGAAAUGAAUCAGCUUUUAGUAAAGAUGCUGUGUUAUCCAGUUCAACUUUUUUGGGGCGGUCAAGCGGGCACUUAAGGCGAGCUGCUGUUUCUAGCAGCCGAGACACCAUAUUGGGCUCUGAAGGAGAACUGUCCCGCAUUCGAGCUGCUGAAGCAAGCUCUGGAACUUUCCGCAAACUCUCUGGUACUCAGAGAAGCCCACUAGUUGGGUCCGCAGACCCCAAGCGUGCCUCAUCUGGACGACAACCCUCAAAUGCAGCAAAUUACGACCCUGUCCUCAAAGGAAUUGAUCAUCUUAAUUUGGAUGACAACAAGUUUCAUUAGGAGCACUUGCCCGUCAAGUGCUACAACAUAUGCUUUGUUCCAUGUAAAAAUACUGAAUACCGGAACACGAAUACAAAUCCAGAUUGUUCUUUAGUUUUAAGUUCUAGCGCUAGGAAGGCCAUUCGGUCAGUCUAAGGACCAAUGUCUUUCAAGCCAAAAGAACAUGAUGGUGGGUGGAGUUGUUCAGUGGCCAUGUUUGCUGAACCAUGGCAAGGCUGUGUCUAUAUCUUAUGCUGAGUAGAGUUACACCCGUUUUCUUUUUAUCGUCUUAUUUAUCAUUGUUUGAUAGAGAUAAAGGCCAAAUGGCUGGCAAAAGUUCUUCAAUUCAAUUGCAUACUUAGCAGGAAGUUCAAGGACACGAUGUUUUCGUUAUUUAUAUAUGUUUUUUUUAUUUUUUUAUUUUGUAAUUUGUAAUGUUAAUCUGCUUGCCUGAUGAUGACGGCAGCAACGGCACGGCGACAUUAUAAUUGAAAACAAUUAUUCA